AGUGUGCCAUUUCUGAGGGGUUACAUUCUCUCUCUUUGAGCUUAUACUUUCACUCUCUUAGCUUUGGAGAGAGAAAAAUUGAUCAAACAUUGGGGAAUUUUCAGGGCGAAAUGUCGAUGGGGUUGUUCGCUUUGGUUGUUUUCAUCGCAAUUCUUGGGCUUGGUGGUGGUGCUUCAGCAUGCUCUGAUGGAACUUGCAAGCUUCUUGAUAACUGUAGCACCGACAGUGACUGUGAAGCGGGACUGUAUUGUGGGUCGUGCGUGGUGGGAUUUAAAGGGUCCAGAUGCAUCCGCUUAACAACUUCUAACCCCUUCUCUCUUGUGAAUAAUUCGUUGCCCUACAAUAAAUAUGGAUUCCUCACAACGCAUAACUCGUAUGCCAUCGAUGGGGAGCCUUCUCACACCGGGGUCCCUCGCAUCACCUUCACUAACCAAGAGGACACUAUCACUCAACAACUAAAUAAUGGUGCUCGAGCGUUGAUGCUUGACACGUACGAUUUUGAAGGGGAUGUGUGGCUGUGUCACUCUCGUGGGGGCCAAUGCUUUGAUGUCACUGCAUUUGGACCUGCAAAUGAUACAAUGCAAGAAAUUGAGGCAUUUUUGGCCGCAAACCCAUCAGAAAUCGUCACCUUGAUAUUGGAAGAUUACGUAAAUGCGCCGAACGGCUUAACAAAAGUCUUCAAUGAGUCCGGAUUGUCCAAGUACUGGUUCCCACUCUCCAAGAUGCCAAAAAACGGCGAGGAUUGGCCUCUCGUUAGCGACAUGGUGGCCGCUAACGAGCGCCUCCUGGUGUUCACGUCCAAGGCCUCAAAGGAGCAGACCGAAGGGAUAGCGUACCAAUGGAACUACAUGGUCGAGAACCAGUAUGGUGAUGGUGGGAUGAAACAAGGCCAGUGCACAAAUCGCGGUGAAUCGGCUCCUCUCAACGAUCGAACUAAAUCUUUGGUUUUAGUGAAUUAUUUCGGAUCAAUUCCAAAUAAAUGGUUGAGUUGCCAGUACAACUCUGAUGAUCUCCUCAACAUGCUGCGCACUUGUUAUACUGCAGCAGAUAGCAGAUGGGCGAAUUUUGCAGCAGUAGAUUACUACAAGAGAAGUGAAGGUGGUGGGGCGUUUCAAGCAGUUGACACACUGAACGGGAAGCUACUAUGUGGAUGCGAUGAUAUUCACGCUUGUAUGCCUGGAUCUACUUCUGGAGCAUGCAGUCCAUGAGCCAGAGAGAGAGAGAGAAAGAGAGAGAGAGAGAGAGAGAGAGAGAGAGAGAGAG